AUGGCUCUCACAAAUUUUCUUGUUUGCACACAUCUUUCACUUGCUGGUUCUUGUUCCCACUACUGUUCCGAUGCUAAGAUAUUAGUUACCAAGAAACAAAAACGUGUGCAACAAGAAACCGAUGAUGUUGCAGAACCUGAGUCUGCUUGCAUACAUUUAUCACUUGUCGGUUCUUGUUCCCACUACUGUUCCGAUGCUAAAAUAUUAGUCACCAAGAAGCAAAAAUGUGUGCCACAAGAAAUCGAUGAUGUUGCGGAACGUGGAUCUGGAUCUGUUUGUAUACAUCUACAUCUAUCACUUUCUUGUCACUGCAUGGAAAAAACACAAAUCACUAAGAAAAUAAAAUCUACCAAUCUUGAUGGUUCUUGGAAGAUCAAGAAGGUGCUGGAAAAGAGUGAUCUGGGAAACAAUUCAAGACUUUUGGUGAGUAAAGAAUUGGCUAAAGAGUUUGUGAUUCCUUUCUUGGAAGGUGGUGCUAAGGCUGCUAAGGGAAAAGGAGUUGAAGUUCAAGUAUUGGAUAUUGAUGAUAACACUCUUCAUUCUCUCAAUUUUAAAAUAUGGACUUCUGCACAAAGUUACGUCUUCACCAAGAAAUGGGUUAAAGAUUUUGUUCGUAAGAGAAACUUAAAGAAAGGAGAUGAAAUCGGUCUUCGUUGGAAUGAACAAAGCCAACAAUUUGAAUUCUCGGUUCUUCGUAGGUGUUAG